CGAUCGGUCGUCUAAAUGGAUCAUUUUUUAUUGAGGAAUAAUUUCCUUAUGUGUUGGAGCUUUCGUUCAGGAUUAAGUUCCAUACUACGCUCUGUAAAUAUAAAACGCGAUUAACCAGUGCUGACUAGUGCAUUACUAUUCCGCAGGCAGAUCGUAGCAGUGCGGCAGGACGGUUCACAUUGAGUACAAAAAAACGGUCGAACUCGCGUUAACAGCUCGCCCGGUUCUCGGUUGAUAACAGUGAACAAACGAAGUAAAUAUGAUGAACGUCAAACUACUAUCACUGCUCAUCGUAGCAGUUGUAGGUCCUUUUCUUACACUUGGCGACGAGAUGAAUCAGAUAGACGUUGAAAAGCUUCGACAGCACUUGCCGGCUAACCUGCAAAACCUAUCGAUGCCGAAUCUGGACGACAUUGAAUCUGCUUUGAAGGAAAAAUGUGUCAAAGCGGGCGGAUCCGAAGCGUCGUACGAGCAAAUCAAACAAGGUGCCAAGGAUUUGGCCAACUGUGUCAAAGGUUUGGUCGAUGUCGAUCAGUUCCGGCGUGAGGUAGAGGAAGCGAAACCGACCGGUGAUUUGGACACUGUUUUCAACAAAUACUGCCGGAAGCGAAACACGCUACUGGAGUGUGUCAAUACGUUUUCCAACACGAUUGAUCCGUGUCUAGAUGAAGAUGAGGAACGCCAUAAAAGCUACGGGGUGGACGUGUUCAAGAAUCUGCUCAACUUUGUCUGCCACAAAGACGGUGAUCAAAUUGCUCUUUUCAUUGCUGAGAAGGGUCCAGAAUGUUUCCUGGAACAGAAAGAUGACUUGAUCAAGUGUGUCAACGAUACUUUUUCGGGAUAUCUAACGGACGUUGACCUGUCCGUUACAACCGUACCGAAAUUGGUUAUCGGUCCAAAGCAGUGCGAAGACUUCACCAAACUGCAGAACUGUCUGGUUCGUGAAUUGGAACAAUGCGAGGAAUCCACUCCGGCAAAUUUGGUCGAAUCGCUUUUCAGAUUUGUUCGAAAAGGGUCACCCUGUGAUCCGAAGGGAAAAUCCGGACGCAGAUAAGCUGUAGGUUGAAACUCUUCAAUUGUGAUAAGCUGUGAAAUUGUAAAUCAUCGAAUAAUAAAGAACUGUUUCAGCAUAAA